ACAAGGCACCGCCCACCCUUUCCUAGCCGCCCCUAACCCCUGCUCUCCCAAGACCCCGCCGUGGAAGCGCCGCGACCCCUUCCCGGCGCUCCUCGCGCCGUGCGCAGCGCGCCCUCGCGGUGACCCGCUGUGCGUGGGGUCAAGGCGCGGGGCGGAGCGGCUGGGCUGGCGCCAUGCGGAGGGGUGAGCGCAGAGGCGCGGGGGGACCGCGGCAGGGGUCCCCUGUGCCGGCGGGCAAGGCCUCGCUGGAGGAGCCGCCCGACGGCGCGACCGCAGGCCGAGCGAGCGGGCCGGGCGCGGGCCGCCGCAGCACGGAGUCCGAGGUCUACGACGACGGCACCAACACCUUUUUCUGGCGCGCCCACACCCUGACGGUGCUCUUCAUCCUCACCUGUGUGCUCGGCUACGUGACUCUGCUGGAGGAGACGCCUCGGGACACGGCCUAUAACACCAAGAGAGGUAUUGUGGCCAGUAUUUUGGUUUUCUUAUGUUUUGGAGUCACACAAGCUAAAGACGGGCCAUUUUCCAGACCUCAUCCAGCUUACUGGAGGUUCUGGCUCUGCGUCAGCGUGGUCUAUGAGCUGUUCCUCAUCUUCAUACUCUUCCAGGACACCACAGUGGCUCGUGUCCCCCAGAGCGCCGACCUGCUCUCCCUCCACCACCAAGUCCUGCCCUCCUCCACGUGGGGAGCGUGGCGCAUCUCCUUGGACUCGGGGCCUCCCCACCCCCACCACGUCUGCCCGUCCCUGCACUGCAGGGUGUUUGUCCCCACUCGGCAGAGGCGUCGUCCACACACCCCAGGCCACACGCACGCUUUCGGGACUUUAGCCGAGCUCUCCCGUCGCCACCAGCAGCAUGUGGCCUCACUGACCAGGGCGCUGGCCUUGCAGACUGUCCAGGACGGCCGCCAGUUUCUGAAGUAUGUGGACCCCAAGCUGGGAGUCCCACUGCCGGAGAGGGACUACGGGGGAAACUGCCUCAUCUACGACGCAGACAACGAGAGUGACCCCUUCCACAACGUCUGGGACAAGCUGGACGGCUUUGUGCCUGCGCACUUUCUUGGCUGGUACCUGAAGACCCUGAUGAUUCGUGACUGGUGGAUGUGCACGAUCGUGAGUGUGAUGUUCGAGUUCCUCGAGUACAGCCUAGAGCACCAGCUGCCCAACUUCAGCGAGUGCUGGUGGGAUCACUGGAUCAUGGAUGUGCUCGUUUGCAACGGGCUGGGCAUCUACUGCGGCAUGAAGACUCUUGAGUGGCUGUCUCUGAAGACGUACAAGUGGCAGGGCCUCUGGAACAUUCCGACCUACAAGGGCAAGAUGAAGAGAAUCGCCUUCCAGUUCACGCCCUACAGCUGGGUCCGCUUCGAGUGGAAGCCCGCCUCCAGCCUGCGCCGCUGGCUGGCCGUGUGCGGCAUCAUCCUGGUGUUUCUGUUGGCAGAGCUGAACACGUUCUACCUGAAGUUCGUGCUGUGGAUGCCCCCCGAGCACUACCUGGUCCUCCUGCGGCUGGUCUUCUUCGUGAACGUGGGCGGCGUGGCCAUGCGGGAGAUCUACGACUUCAUGGACGACCCGAAGCUCCACAAGAAGCUGGGCCAGCAGGCCUGGCUGGUGGCGGCCAUCACGGUCACAGAGCUGCUCAUCGUGGUGAAGUACGACCCGCAUACGCUCACGCUGUCGCUGCCCUUCUACAUCUCCCAGUGCUGGACGCUCGGCUCCGUGCUCGUGCUCACCUGGACCGUCUGGCGCUUCUUCUUGCGGGACAUCACCCUGAGGUACAAGGAGACUCGACGGCAGAAGCAGCAGAGCCGGGGUGACCAGGGCAGAGCCGGGGGCGACGUGGACGGACACCUGCCUGGGCCGGAAGACCCCCCAGGGCCUGUGGAGCCGGAGAGGGCGGGGGUGCCAGCCCCAAACUGACGCACCUCACGACUGCCCAGAGCCCAGGCCUGCCGGAACCUUCCGACAGGCCUCAGCCCUUGUGGUUUUAUUUUCCCUUUCUCCCACGCACAUAGCUGGGCUCUGUGGGGUGCGGGUGGCCCCUGACCCAGGUGUGUGUGUGUGUGUGUGUGUGUAUGUGUGUGUGUGUGUGUGUAUAUGUGUGUGUGCGCGCGCGCGUCCGCGCACAUGUGCUCCUGGGGCUCCUCUCAGCCUGACCGUUGUGGCUGGGCUUGCUCUGGGCAGCUGGUCCCCUCCCCUUUCUGCACAGUCAGCCCGCCGGCCUCUGGGCCACAGCGAGCCCUCAGCACCCAGACGGACGGCUCAGGCCCAGCAGAGGCAUCACGGUGCCUUCCUCUGCUCCCUGGGCCCCCAGCCACUCUGAAGCCCUGACUGCACCUCACCGGACCCCCAUUAGCCCCUCGACGGCACAUGUGAAGGACGACCAUCCAGUGAUACCCUGAGACGGCUGAGAAGGGGCAGGUUUAAGCAGGCAGCCCUGAGCCACUUCCUGGGGAGGCUACAUCUGACCCAGCAAACCUGGGGGUGUGAACGGGGGCCGGAGGUCACCGGAUUGGCUCCUCGAGGAACGUGGAGUCAGAAACUCAAAGGCUCUGGGCCUGAGGUUGGGAGGAGGGGCAGAGGGUCUUCGAGAGCUAACAGAACAAGUAAAGCAGGUCCUCACCAGCUCCCGGCCCUGUGGGCCCUGUGCAUCGUGUGCCCAGUGCUGGUGCUGCCCAGAGGGCUGGGGGGACGGGGGCAGGUGUGCAGAUGGGCUGCCCCGGAGCUGCUGCCGGUGGGGGUGAUGGGCCGCUGCACGAACCCAGCGGGGGAGCCCUAACAGCUGCGACACUGACACCGUGCCUGGUGGAGACCCCAUAAGAAGGACAAGCACUCCUCCUGCCAAAAAAAGUGCUUUAAUAAAAGUGUCCGAAACUUU